AUGGCACUAGAGGCAAACAGGACCCCUAAUUGGCCCUCUGACCCCUGCGGUCUGGAGCAGCCAUUUGUGGACCGUGGGUGUGUAAACGUUGGAUCAGAGUCCCUGUAUGAGGUCAUGGAAAAAUGUUUUAAAAAUAAGAGCCAGCCCUUGCUGCAAGUGAUCUAUAUUGGUCCACUCUUUUCAGGCAUCCCUAGUGAAAAUUUCAGAGCCUUCAAAGCUCUUGUUUGGGAGGGGCUCCACACCGUAGCCAAUUACAAGCCCGAAUGGGUCAAAACACAGCGCUCGGCCAAUGCCAGGCAGCCCCACGGCUCCAAGCUCCGCCAAUGGGCGCGGCCGGGCGAAAAGAGAAACAGUGCGGCCAGGCAGGCCGCAGGAUUCGAAUCGAACAUCCGUACUGGAGCCGGGAGCUGGCGGAGCGAGCGCGGCGGGGGGGCUUCCUGCGCCAGGCCAGGCCGCGCUCACCCCACCCGCCUUGUUUGUCCUCAGACCGCCCUGAGCACGUUUUUCCAAGAAACCAACAUUCCCAACAGCCACCACCACCCCCAGAUGAUGUGUACCCCCAGCAACACGCCUGCCACGCCGCCCAACUUCCCCGACGCGCUGGCCAUGUUCUCCAAGCUCCGUGCCUCCGAGGGCCUGCAGAGCAGCAACAGCCCCAUGUCAGCCGUGGCCUGCUCCCCCCCUGCAAACUUCAGCCCCUUCUGGGCCUCGUCUCCCCCCAGCCACCAGGCGCCCUGGAUCCCACCCUCCUCCCCCACUGCCUUCCACCACCUCCACUGCCCACAGCCCACGUGGCCCCCAGGAACACAGCAGGGAGGCGCCCAGCAGAAAGCCAUGGCGGCGAUGGAUGGCCAGAGAUGAGACUGGAUGGCGCUGGCUGGAGCUGGGGGGCAGUCCAGGGUCGGGGACACAGGAGGGCCGGGAGGGGGGAGUUGGGGGGGUUUCCUGAAGAUCGCACUGGAAGAUUUUAUAAAAGAAUUUUUGUGGGUGGGGAGGGCAGUAAACUUCUGGGCCACUUGGGUCCUUCAGGAGUUUCUCUACAGGCAAGUGUUUUUCUCUUUUUAAUAUAUAAUUAUAAUAUAUAUGAAUAUAUAAUGUAAUUAACGUAUGUGAGGAUGGAGCUGGCCCGCCUGGGUGCUGGGAGUGGGGGGCUGCUUGAGUAUCCCUCGUGGCGGGGUGUGCUCCUAAGCCAGAUGGAAUGAUCUCCCAGUCCCAGAGUGUCCGCUAGUGACACCUUGUGGAGCCAGGAAGAGGACCAUGGCCACCACAGCCCCAGGGACAGCGCGGUAGUGACUGCAGGAGGCACCCAGAGGGCCCAGACCAGAGGUGUAGAGGCCCCUCGGCAUUGUGGGGUUGUCCCAUCUCUUCCCUACCCUGAUCCUUGGUCGUGGCCCUGUGGCAGCCCUGUGGCUGUUGUCACCUCUGUCUCCAGCUGGGCAUACAGGGCUGGCGGAAGGCUUGGUUGUCCCAUCCCUCGCAGUGCCCUGGGAACCCUGCCCUCUGCGUGCAGGGAUUGGAGGAGAGAGCAGUGGGACUGGCUUUUGGACUCAGUUCCCAAGUCAGAAUCUCACCCCACCAGGGUGGAAUUUUAAUGUAAAAUGUAAAAAGAGACUUUUCUAAUUUC